UAACAUUACGAUGAGCACACCUUCCACAUUUGUUAUCAUCAAGAAAUGCCUUUAUUUCCAAACGGGUGUUGGCGUCUCAGGCAACAGCUGUCUCCUGUUCUUCUACAUUUGCACAUUUUUUCAAGACCAAAGGCGCAAGGCCACUGACCUGGCCACCUGUCACCUGGCCUUUGUCCACACAGUGAUGCUGCUCAUCUCCGUGGACUUUUAUUCCCCAGCCAUGUUUGAAUCACUGAGUGUUGAGAAUGACUUCAAGUGCAAGGCUUUGUUUUACGUCCACAGGGUCAUGAGGGGUCUCUCCAUCUGUACCACCUGUCUCCUGAGCGUCCUCCAGGCCACCACCAUCAGCCCCAGCAGCUCCUGGUUGGCCAAGUACAAGCAAAAGUUCACAAGUCACCUUGUACACGCCUUCUUCUUUUUCUGGUCCCUUAAUCUGACUUCCAGUGGUAAAAUGAUCAUCUAUGCUGUAACUUACACCAACGUGACCCAGACAGAUAUACUGAAGUUGAGUAAAUAUUGCUCACUUUUGCACAUGAACACCACCGUCAGGGCGCUGCUUCUCACUCUGACAUUUGCCAGAGAUGUCUUUUUUGUAGGCCUCAUGCUGAUCUUCAGUGCGUACAUGGUUAGUCUACUGUGCAGGCACCAGAGGACGUCUCAGAACCUGCGCAGAGCCAGUGUCAGCCCAAGAAUUUCCCCAGUGAAAAGGGCCACACACAGCAUCCUGCUGCUGGUGAGUUUCUUCGUAGUCAUGUACUGGGUGGACCUUCUCAUCUCUUCUUUCUUAACCAUGUUGUGGGCAAGUGACCCCGUUGUUCUGAGUUUCAACAGACUCGUGGUUAACGUCUAUGCCACAUUCAGCCCUUUUGUACUAAUAAAUUCUGAUAAAAGAAUAAUAAAUAUUCUACAAAAUAUAAUAUGAAAGUGCCGCCGAUUUUUAACAAG